AUCUGGGAUAUUCAUAGCCAGUGCAUAUUAAAUUAUUAAGAUUGCUUUGAAUAAUUUAGAUUGUGAAACAUGGGAAUCAUAUAAUUCAUUGUGAAAUUAAAAAAAAGGGUAUAGUUUCAAAUGUAAAAAUGAAAUAGAGAUAUAAAAAAAAGUCAAAAAAUUCGUUCAAGAUGGUCCCAAAAAUUAGGAGCUAUCAAAUAGGUUUAGGGUGAUUGAAGGGGCAACUAGAGAAACGACUCUUUUUAGACAUCUUGUGAACAAUUAUGAGUGUUAUCCAAAAAAAACUUGAAAUACUUAGUUGGGCCCUCCAUACAGCUGAUAAUGGUUGCAAUUGCAGAAUAACCGGCACGUUGCUCCUAGUAACAAUACAUUUAAACAAGUCUGGAACAAGUAACUUCGGUACAAUUAAUGAUGUCAUGAAUUUAGGACCGAAGGAUCAGAUCAAUUUGCAAAGCUUUACCAAAAAUAUGGUCUCAAACUUAGCAAAGUUUUGAAUUUGACAUAUCUUUUAUUUUCAUACUGGUCAGCCACAAAGUAGUAUAGUUUUUAAUUUAUCGAAGAUUAUCAACUAGUACUGAUUUUAUGGGGGUCCCUGAGUCGGAUUUCAAGGAUGUUCGUGGGUAGAUUGAAAGCCUUGGUUAUCUGUGGUACGUGGGAUGAACUCGGAUCUGCACCGUACUUCCUGGCCUGAAAGAUGACAAGAGUUGGGGUAGUUGUUUAUCAAGAGUGUGUAUCCGUACUUCCCUAUAGGACGUCGGGUUACCAGUUCUAAUUCCGCCCCAUUUAUACCAUAAUCACUAGAGGAGACCAUAAAUAAAACAAGGAGUAAUAAUUAAUAGUCAAUCUCCCCUGGUAGCGCGUGUGAAUUGCCGAAGUCGGCCGCUAUUGUUGGUCCCCUUGCUGAUGUGCCCACCCUAUCACUUAUCUUCUGUAGUACAU